AUGGCGGCAGCUUGGGGCGAGAUCUGUCGCCAAUGCGUCAACACUGCGGUGGAAAUCCCAGUUCAGAUCUUACUCAUUGCUGCCCUAGCCACAUUGCUAGGACUAUUUGUCCUGUUCUCAUUAUUUAUAUUUUUCGUUGCGCCAGUCCCACGAGAACCUCUACCAGAAGAAAAGAGGUAUAGAACCCUCGCCAAAGAUGGAUCCCUGACAGACCCCGAGCCCCUACCCUGCUGGCUCGAAAGCCCAGACGCCAAAAAGAGCACCGAUAAAGCCAUCACGGCCCACACUAUCGCACCAGCCGAGCUAUUCAUGUCCGUCGUAGUACCAGCCUAUAAUGAGGAAGACCGGUUAACCGGAAUGCUGGAAGAAGCCGUCAACUACCUGGAGAGCAUGUAUGGGAACACAGCCAGCGCGAUCGCCAGGGCCAGCAGCCCAAGUACAAGGGAGACGCGCUCAAUGCGCAAGCGCAAGCCGAACGAGGAUACCACCAGUGGCGCCGCAGGCUCCACUUCAGACCGCGGCUGGGAGAUCAUCCUCGUCUCGGACGGGUCGACAGACCGCACGGAGGAAGUGGCAUUCCGGUUCGCGCGUGACCACCAGCUCUCUCUACACCCCAAGGGACACGCGGGUCCAUGGACACCGCAGGCUGCGGAGGGCGUCCAUAUCCCGCCUGGCACGAUCCGCGUCGUGAACUUGACUCAUAACCGCGGCAAGGGCGGUGCGGUCACGCACGGUAUGCGCCAUGUCCGUGGGCAGUAUGUUGUCUUUGCGGAUGCGGAUGGGGCGAGCAAGUUCACUGAUCUCGGUAAGCUUGUUGGGGCUUGUCGGGAUGUGGAGGAUUCGAAGGGGCGGGCGGUUGCUGUUGGGUCGCGGGCGCAUAUGGUUGGUAGUGAGGCUGUGGUUAAGCGAUCCAAGCUUCGAAACUUCCUGAUGCAUUCGUUCCAUUUGAUCCUAUGGCUCAUGACACCCCCUAAAACGGCUACUAUCAAGGAUACGCAGUGCGGAUUCAAGCUGUUCUCCCGCAGUGCGUUGCCUUAUAUUGUGCCGUAUAUGCAUUCCGAGGGCUGGAUCUUCGAUGUUGAGAUGCUCAUGCUGGCUGAAUUCGCUCGGAUCCCUGUGGCUGAAGUGCCUGUGGGAUGGAGGGAGGUCAAGGGUAGCAAAUUGAAUGUCUUACGAGAUAGUAUCGGCAUGGCUUGGGGUCUGGCUGUUCUACGGGCAGCUUGGUCGCUGGCGCAUCUAGAAAGUAGGGAAGCAGAUAUGAAGCCAGAUCUCCCCACAUCGAUAUCACCAUCACGGCUCCUCCAACUCCCCGCCGAACUCCGUCUCAAGAUAUACGAAUAUGCACUGGACGUACCAAACGAGUAUCUAGUCAGCAAACCGAUGAUCGUGCUAGGCGAUCACGGCAACACCUUCACAGCCCGCGGUCAAUACCGAGCAUUAUCAAUGAGUCCGCACUGGGUUGGCGAGGACGGCACCGCGCGCAAGUUACUCGCGGUGAACCGGCAACUCCACGACGAAGCCGAAGACUACCUCUACUCAACACACACCCUCUUCCUCCGCAACUCCUUCAAUCUCGACCGACUAGCCGACUUCCUGGAUACGCUCAGCGCAACCGCCCGUGCCCGCAUCCGCAGCGUCGGCUUCGAGGUCUUCUUCUUUGUACACACGCAGACCGGCGUGCCGAAACGCACGCUAAAACAAUACGAGGCCGCCGCACGGCUUCUGUCCGAGAAACUUCCGCUCUGGAAUAGUGUGCUGCUUUACCUCGAUCCGCGCUACUAUUAUCCGUCUGCGAACGUGGGUGGUCGGGAUCUCACGGCCCGAGGGGUGUUUGAUCUUGCUACGCGCUUCGGCACUUGGUGUAAGGAUGUGAGCUUCUAUCCGCUGCCGAAUGGUGAUCAUCAUCUGCUUGAUGAGGCUCAGCAGUUUGUUUGGCGGAGUCGUUCGCCGUUGAGACAGCCAGAUAGUCGUCGGUCGAUUAAGGGGUGUUCGGCUUGGUCUUUGGAUUUCAAGAAGAACUUGGUUACGCCAAGUCGGGUCCGGCCUGCCUCGUCUGUUUGCUGA